AUGGAGCUGAAAGUCACGCUGAUCUGUGGACACAGCAGGUUGCCUUCACGUCGUGGGAUCUGUUGGAAUCCCUUGACUCGGUGUCUAUUAGUAUGUGAUAUUGACAAAAGCUGUGUGCACGCGUACGCUGUCAGCUUCGGACGUGAUGAUACAGGAAAGAUGAAGAUGCUAUUGAACCACAAUAAUCCUGUGGGGACUAUCGGGAGUCACGGCUCUGGACCAGGUCAAUUUAACUAUCCCGUCGCGGCUGCUGUGAAUCUUAGAGGAGAAGUCGCGGUAGCUGACGGAAAAUCAAGUCGCGUCCAGAUAUUCUCCGGGAGUGGUGAGUUAGAGCACUCAUUUGGACGUCCAGGCUCUGCACGAGGGGAGUUUAAAGGCAUUAGUGAUGUAAAGUUCACGCCACGAGGUCAUCUUGCCAUUGUGGACUCUGGGAAUCAUCGGAUUCAAGCUGUGAGUGCAACGGGGAAUGUUGUCCAGGUGAUUGGUCAACACGGCUGGAAACUUGGACAGUUUGUCAACCCAUGUGCUCUAACUGUCAAUGGAAAAGGCGAGUAUUUCGUGUGUGAUGAAGGUAACAAACGCAUCCAGAGACUAUCGGAUAGAGGAAGGCCUCUAUUGGAGUGGGGAAGUCGUCGUGGACCCAUUCCGGAACCUGAAAUGACACCGUUUUUGGCUACGAACGAUGAACGUCAACCAGUAAUUUACUCGGUAUUUGACGCCCCGUGUGAUGUAGAAACUGGUCUUCAUGGAGAGAUCAUUGUGUGUGACGCUGGAAGACGCGAACUUCUGGUAUUCUCGGACGUUGGAAUCUGUCUCCACGUUGUCAGUGCACCUCAGAUUUUCCAGACGAACAGUCCAACCGCAAUAGCGAUUUGUUCCAAUAUGUUGGUGACAAUGACUAAGAUUAAACUGGACGAUCAGACCGGCGACAACAACAAUUAUAUGCUUGCAGCUUUUCCUCCUGAGAAACGAGUGCGAGUUGGACGCUUUGAGACGAUGCCAGUGCAUUGCGCUGUCGAUAUUGCGUGUUAUUUAACCUACUCCGACGCCCUGUAUGUGCGCUUAGUCAGUCGCUACUUCCACCAAAUCUGUCGGCACCUACGCAACCAGUGGAAACUCUUCCCACUCACUCCAGGACAUUCUACUAUAACGAAAUACAAUCGAGUGGUGUCACCAGCUACUGGUCUGAUUGCAGUAGAAGAAGCUUUCCAGAAGUGGGGGCUGCGCAUUUAUAAACCAUCCAAUCGUAUACGGAAGCACGUGAUGGAUUUCCACGGAGGUUUUUGUCGUGCUCUCAGCACGUUGUACGGUUCGAUAUUCUGUUAUCAAUACGAAGACCUUCUUCUGGCAUUUUUUAGAUUCUUCACGUCAUCGACUUCUGAGUCUUCUCAUGAAAAAGAGGAAAUCGAUAGAGCUGCGUUUAUUGAAAUUGUGACGCAAAUUGAAGAAGUGCACGCAGAAGUGCGUACUUGGGAACAAUCCGUGACUUCUGGUGAAGUACCGCUACCGAAAUCUCUCCAGCAAAUUGAAAAUGCACAGCAACACCAGCUAAAGAAGUUGCUACAAAAGUUUGUAACAUUGUGA